AUGCUGACAUGCUGCUGGUCUGCUGCUGCCGCCGCCGCCGCUGCUGCUGCUGCUUCUACUUUUUCAUUUUGUUGCACAGAUGGUCCGAACUACGACUCUGAAACGCAAAGCAAGCCUGUCCCUGAGGCCCUGAGGCCAGGAAGAAUGACAGAGGCGCAUGCCAAUGGAUGUGACACUACCGAGGCCAUCGCUGUGCUCGCAGACAAAGACAUGAGCGAGCUUCGCGGGAUGGCUGACCGGCUGACAAAAAGCCACGAGUCUCUCACAGAGAUGCUGAAGGAUUUAGAAGUAGAACGGGAAGAGCUGGAAAGGGAGAAGGUGCAAUUGAAUGACACCAUCACCCUGUUCAUGAAAGAGCUGCAAAAGCUCAACAUCGGAGCUCACAAUACGGUUGAUCCUAUCCUGGAAGAGGGACCGCUGGAUUUUGUUGGACGCUUCUGGGAGACGGUGAAGCCCCGAGACACCGCUUUCGUGACCGGGGAGCACAUCGGUGAGAUCAAAAAGCCGCAGGAAAAGUCACAAAAGGCAGCAGCAAUGCCCUCGAUGCCAAACCCAAUUGCAGCGAUCAAGGAGGCAGCACUAGCCCAUGAGCUUCCUAACUCAGAACGCGUGCAAGAGCGCGUUCAGGAGGUGCAAGAUAUGGGCAAGCAGGCUGUCAAGAAGCUUUCGAACGCGUUUGAGGAGGCUCGCUCCAGCGGUUUUUGGCAAAGAGCCUCAGGAUAUUUGGAAGAGAAACGGAGUGAAAUUGCUAAGAAGGUGCAGGAGGUUCAAGCUUCCGCAGGCUCUGUGCCGCAACGCCAUGGAGCUGGAAGACCACACAAAAAAGGCGAGCCACGAGUUGUAGCUGCCGACAAGUCAACUGAUGCUCCCUCAGCUUCCACCUCUUCCCCUUUAGCCCCUCAGGCCGAGGCUUCUCCUGUUCCUGCGGAAGCCAGCGCAACGGAAAGUGCAGCAGAGCCGAACGAAGAACCGCUCGAGAGUCCAGAAAAGCUGCCGGAAAAGACUGCACCACAUGCUGAGAAGGCCCAAGACACAGCACCAGAAAAGGAAAAGGCUGCCAGCCCCUCGUCACGACAAGAGACAAUCCUGAUUGAAGCGCAGGUCAAGAUCGGAGAUGGAAGCGUGCAGACACUUUGUGUCAAGGCGUCUGAUAGGUGCAAAGAUGCAGCCGAACGAUUCAUCACUGAGAAUUCACUCAAGGCCAGCUUUCAGAAGCCUUUGACAGACUUCCUCAAGAAAGUUGAGAAAGAUGCAGACACUUUUCCAGUACACACUGAAAUCGAUUUAUCAGACCUGGGACCGCCAGGGCGCUAG